AUGACUUCGCCCGCCUCACUGUCAACUAUUCCGCAGGGCCCAGGAUUUUUCAAAGAAGAAAAACCGGGACAGGAUGGUUUUCAGUAUAAGUCGGAGAGUUCGUCGGUGUCUGGUGACUUCUCUACUGGUGUAUAUGAAUGCUCCUAUUCUGCGACGAGCGAUGAUGCCCCGGCAUUUGCUGAGCGACAGCUGGACGAAGAAGAUCCUUGGAAGGGCGUCCAGAAGGAUGAGCCUGAGAUGGCGCAGCCCCUUCAGAGCGCGACGGCUUUUAUGGUGAGCGAGACGCCGUCAGAGUCAUUCUUUGUUUCGGUCCCGUCACGAUCUCGGGCAUCAUCGUCGGCAGCACAACGGUCGACCGCUCGACCACAGGCGCUCGCACUGCAGUCGGUUGCAACGGUUCGGAAACGUAAACAGCGCGGCUCGAACCAUUCUUUGGAUCUCGGCCAGCCCAAGCCUCUGCAAAUUGUACAAGAGGAUGGUCAGGGCGGAUCCAUCGCUUCAGCGGACUUCGUAUCCCCGCCACGCGGGGCGCGACGUAAAGGACCUCUGAGUAUGGUCGGUCGGGCAAACGCUGGAUUGCGAAGGAAGAACAAGGACACCUGCGUGCAGUGUCGUCUGAACAAGCGAAAGUGUGACGGAAACGCUCCAUGCGAUGCUUGUCGUCCUACGCUCCACGAGCAACCAUGUGCACGGGCGUGCUUUGCAAACAUUGUGGAGUAUGGAACAUGCAACUAUGUCUCUCAACGAGCCGUCAACCAUCCUACAUUGGAUAGGACAGGCCGUGUCCGGAUGGAUAUUCCGGUAGAGUUCGACUUGAACGAUCUCAUAUCUUUCCUCGGUGAACGGCAAGGACGAUUCAACAUCCGUGCCAGCCAAGCCUGGGGUUCUCUAUAUGUUCUUGACCUGGGAGAAACUUACAAAUUCCUGAGGAGCUUGAGCGAUUAUAAUGGCAACUCUCGGUCGAACUUCCUCGAGUUCAUCGACCGACGGAUAGUCGAAUCGAAAGAUAAGUCGAAGAACUGGCUGACCUGUGUCAAAGACUGUGACCCAGUGAACAAUUUCUAUACCUUACUCUCGCGUUGGAACAACAUGCCCAGUCGUGCGAGCUAUAGUUUUGUUCCUCUCCACCCAGGAGCCCAAGAAAGGCCAAUGGAUAUCCAUAAUACGGAAGAUCGACGCGAGAUUCUCCUAGCGGCGCAGCUCUCCCGGAUUGUGUGCCGGAUGCUGGAGGUUGAAGGAUUCCGAAAGUUGGAACGAGACUUCUACAACAUCAAAUGGAAGCAGAUCUCUCAGGAGACGCACUUGCGUUUCCUAAACGAGCUAGGGAAUAUUCUCCUCACACUUCGCUGGCGAGUUUCCUGGUGGAAGCGCCUUGGAGACGGUGGCCAAGAGCCCGACCCAAGCAAGCAGCACUAUGUGGAUCGGGUCGACCUGCUCUGUAGGAUCCUUUAUGUUUAUUACACCUGCGUGUUGGCUAAGCUACCUUCCUGGUGCGCUGCCGAUGUUCCCAAGGGGGUGUGGUCUACAUACGCCGAUACCGAUAAUGCGGUCUGGGAUGACUUCCCAGUAGAUCCUACCGAUGAAGGUUUCCAGCGAUGGAUCGAUAGGGGCAAGGAGCUGGUCGAACAGGCUGGUGCCCCGAAUGGUACCUCCAAAAUCGCACACUAG